AGCGCCAAGCGGUAUAGAGAAGAAGUAUUUUUUGACGGUGUCAGUUCCAAAUUGUGUUUGGGUUUUUUCUUGGAAUUUCUCAAAAACUUGCUUUUGCGGAGAAUUCUGGUGUAUGAAGAAUUGUUUAAUCGCUAAUGAGUGGACAUCUGUGGGCACGUGUGCUAGAUUCAUUGAAACACAAGUCGGAAUUUUGCCCUACAGACGGGGUGACAAAUGUGAGGCAGGAUCUUCGGAAGGUGUAGCUGAGGAGCAAUAUUUUUCCUGUUUUCUUCCGUUUUACGGGAAAAUCCCACACAUUUCCUCUGUAAAUAAGAACCUCAACACAGAAUAUCUCAAGGCACAAUGAUAACAGACAGUUUGUUUGGGAAUACAAAGAAGGGUGAGCCUGGAAUGGCAUUUGCUGGAGCUGUAGACAAGAUCGUGGGCAGUCUGCUGCCCAUGGAUGAUCCCACAAAGCCCGUAUUUACCGUGGUGGACCUGGGGAAAAUGCUCCUGAUCAGUGCCAAGGAGGGCAAUACUGCCCAAGUGAGGGAAUUAAUGACCAAGGGAGCACCUUUCAGUACAGACUGGUUGGGUACAUCUCCUCUCCAUCUUGCUGCCAUGAACAAUCACCUGGAGACAUGCGAAGUGCUCAUCCGGGCGGGCCUGAACAAAGAUGCUCGCACCAAAGUUGACAGAACACCGCUCCAUUUUGCCGUGUACGAAGGCCAUGAGCAGAUUGUUGAUCUCCUAGUCAGCACACAAUGCGACGUGGAUGCCAGGGAUAUGCUACGAAUGACUCCACUUCACUGGGCUGUUGAGAAGAGGCACAACAAAAUUGUGGAGAUCCUCCUGAGGCAUGGUGCCGAUCCCAAUGCUGACUCCAAGUUCCGCAAAACACCCAUCAGUAUGGCCUUGGAGAAUGGCUACAACGAGAUCUACCUGAUGCUCGAUGCUGCCUACAGGCUACGUCUGGAAAACCCAGAGCAGCUUCAGCGAGCCACUAACAGCAUCACAGUUGGGAUGGGACAGGGCUCCGAGGAUGUUGUGAAGGCUCCAAUUGCAGGAGGGAAAUUUGCCAAGACGAAUGAUAUUGAAGAGAUUGUAGAUACUCCUUCGCCGCCCAUCAACUCCAGCUCCAUUGACGAGGACAACGGGAUGACUCUCAGUGAUGCCAUAAUCCGUCUACAAACAAUCGAUGACACGAAAAGUAUAAAUCCAACACUGCAGAUGCUGAAAGACCAUGGAAUAUCAAUGCUACCCACGGAGGAUAAUGAGAAUGCAUUUAUUUCGUCAGCCCUUCAGGGUGGUCGAAAGAUUGUCCUGUCGGAGGCCGGGAAGUUGAUGUUGAAUGAGACCAAGACAAAGAAGGCCACAUCACAAAUUGUAUCAGCUGGAUCACCAAGUGUCCAACCGCCGAGGAAUGUAAAUAUGAUGAGUAUAGCUACAACGUCAGUUAAACCCCUUAAAACGCCAAAUAAGAUCGUUAAGAUCGUAACGGCGGAGGAGUUUAAGAGGUUGCUAGCGGGAGAUCUCAGUGCCACGAAAAAAGUGCAAUUAAAGUCCAAUGGAUCGGUGUUGCCGGCCAAGCACAGAAAGAAUGUCAUGGUCAGCAAAAGACCGGAACUUUUACCCGCGGCAACUGAUAUUUUCGCUGAGAGUGAGAGCUGUAAGGUGAGACCCCCUCAAGUGCCAAAUUUGCUGGACAUCCAUGCUGUGGAUGCCCUGGAAAAUGACACAGAUCCGGAUGAAUACACACAUUUGGAUGUAUAUCCAGCCGGUACGUCAAAUACAAUCUCGAAGAGGACGUCAGAUAUGGAAUCUGCCGUAACGCCCAAAUCUUCCCUGCCCACCACAAUGGGUCUAUCGGAGAUCGAGAAACAAUUGCUGGAUCUCAAGAAGCAGACAGAGGAACUGAGGCGACAACUUGAAAUAUCACAGAAGCAGAAUGAAGAGUAUAAAGUGCGAUUGGAGAAGUUGGAGCAAGAGAAGGAAUUGGAGAGACGGCACUAUGUUAAAUCGCACAUCAACUCAUAAAAAUUAUUUAGGAAAAAUCAUUGCAGUUUAAUUGUGAAAUAAAUAUUUUUUUCUACAUA